CGUGGUGCGCUCCGGGGCGGCCCGGGGCGGCUCCGGGCGGGCGGAGCAGCAGACGUGCAGGGCGGAGGCGCAGUCUGCACCAUGGCGUACCCCGGGCACCCUGGCGCCGGCGGCGGGUACUACCCAGGCGGGUAUGGAGGGGCUCCUGGAGGGCCUGCGUUCCCCGGACAAACUCAGGAUCCGCUCUACGGUUACUUCGCUGCUGUGGCUGGACAGGAUGGGCAAAUUGAUGCUGACGAGCUACAGAGAUGUCUAACACAGUCUGGCAUUGCUGGAGGAUACAAACCUUUUAAUCUGGAGACUUGUCGCCUUAUGGUUUCAAUGUUGGACAGAGAUAUGUCUGGCACCAUGGGAUUCAAUGAAUUUAAAGAGCUCUGGGCUGUGCUGAAUGGCUGGAGACAGCACUUCAUCAGUUUUGACAGCGAUAGGAGUGGAACAGUGGAUCCCCAGGAACUCCAGAAGGCCCUGACCACAAUGGGAUUCAGGUUGAACCCCCAAACUGUGAAUUCAAUUGCGAAGCGCUACAGCACCAGUGGGAAGAUCACCUUCGAUGACUACAUCGCCUGCUGCGUCAAGCUGAGAGCUCUCACAGAUAGCUUUCGAAGACGGGAUUCUGCUCAACAAGGAAUGGUGAAUUUCUCAUACGAUGAUUUCAUUCAGUGUGUCAUGACUGUCUAAGUCACGAGGAGGCUGUCUGAAUACACUCAACAUUCCAGCUGGAGCCCGCCCGCCCUUGCUUCCUCCCGGCCCGCAGUGCUGUGUGCAGAUCUCCACCAACACUCCCUGACAACCGUUGAAUGGGAUUAUGGCUUUGUAUACGACCGAAGCUUCAUUUGUAAUUUUGAUAAUAAAUUCUUGAAGUUCAAUUAUGUAAGAACAAGUCUGUUGUACCAGUCAGAACCUCCUUGAGCCAUUAUUAACCAUGCCUUAUGUUCCUGUCUUUAUAUAAAUUUAAGUAUGCAAAAUGUUGAAAGCAUAGUAUAUAUUUUCUCUCAACAUGUGAAAUCUUUUAGUCAGACUUGGCUGCUAUCCUUUCUUGCCCUGAGGAAUGUGGUUAACAGUUUUGUGUCGGGUAUUCUUAUAUAAGUGAUGUAGAUCCACGGGGUGCGAAACACACCAGUGCCCAUGGUAAUGCACAGACUGGAAAGAGUAUAAGCUUCAGGACUCACCGGGUCUGAAAGCCUUGUAGGAGUGGACAGAGAUAUUGAGUGACUACUGUCCACCUCUUUAAAAACCUGUAGAUAAUUUGAGUGGCAAAAAUGCUGUCACCAAGUCCUUUUUUUGUCGCCAUCCAAACUUUUGUUAACUAUACUUAAAAAGUCUUGUAUAUUAUAAGCUUCAAAUUGUCAGAAAAAGACUAAAGGGAGAUAAGAAGAUAUUAGCUGCUUAUUUUUGACCAGUGGGGUUUUAGACGAUUUUAAUUUCCUUUAUGUAUUUCUAUAUCUCACCCAUUUUUAUAAUGUGUAUGCUUCCAUUUUAAAACCAGAUGUCGGGGAUGAAGGGACAGCCCAGCAGCUGAGAGCAUGUACCACUCCUGCAGAGGACUCAAGUUCCCAGCACCCGUGUUGGGUGGCUGAACUACUGCCUCACCUGUGCUCAGAGGCACAUACCCCAAAACAAAUGGAUGUGCACACACACAACUAAGAGUAAUAACAGGAUCAUUUUUAAACAUGUUUAAACAUAAUUUUAAAACAUUGUUGACAUCUAUUUUUAAAUGGCAUGUGUUAUGUCUUUGAACAUACACAAGAAAGGAACUGAAAUGAAUGAAUCAAUUGUUAACCUGGCUUAGACCACUGGGAGUAGGAUCUCCUAUCCCACUAAAUUUUCAAGUAUUCUAUAAUCAGGUUUCACACACACACAAUUUUUUUUUCAAAUGUUUAAACAAUUGGCUUGCUGACAAUGCCUUGCUAUGUAUGUGGCUUGGUCAUUUUAUGUAAGGACAUGACACUCAGUGUCGCCAUCUUUGAAAAAGAACCCUUACCCCAUGGGGUAGUUCUGAGUAUGUGAAAGUAUACUGAUAUAAAAGCAUCUGUGGUGUUUGUUUCUUACAGUUUAACUAAAAAUGGUAACAGUCUUUUCUCGCUAGCAAUGCAUCUGUCUUGUUUCAGGCACAGUGUGAACAUGACCAUUCAAGUGAACGAUUAACUAUCAACUGGUGAAAUAAACAUUUCAUAAGCAUCUCCAGCCUCAUUUCACAAAUGUAUGCUGAUAGUGUUAAUGUACAUAUUAUAUAUAUUUAGUCAUUCCAUGUUUACUGACCCUAAUUUACUCUGUGUUUAGUCAGCACGCAUGCUCAGGUUACAUGGCAGAAUGUGAAGCUGCCUGCUCUCUUUAUAUGGCAAGUCUGGGCUUCCUUUUAGAUGUUUCUUCUGUACUCCCACAAAGCUUUGCUUUAACCUGGGCCGGCGCUGCCCAGAAAAGGACCAAGGGUGCUUGGAGGACCAGGAGGCUGAGACUGUCCUAUGAAGUCCUAGUACUUGCUAUUCGGUUUAAACUGACCAAGAUCUUUUGAGGAAAUUCUAGUUUAAAGAAGUGACCAUUUCCUAGGUGAGUAUAAGCAAUAAGGAAAUUGACCCUUACCAACCCAAGGUGACGACCCAUAUUUAAGCUGCCCUGUCAUGUGAAUAAACCCCAAGAUGUGCUACUUAGAUAUUGGUUCUGAAUUUGCUUUUGGGUACAUCCUCAAGUACUAUAAAUUGUGUUUCUGGUAUUCAGGUUUUAAUAAUCAGUGUUUAAGGCAAGUCUCCAUCAAGAGUUAAAUGUCAUUAGGGCAGGGGAGAAUUCAGGAGACAAAUUCCUUGCUUCCUCACCAGAGGAACAGCCCAACAAACGGAAUACCAGUUUUUUCUCCUGUCUCCUCAGGGACCAUGAGAACAGAAUCUUCCGACAGCAUCUCACAGAUGCUGGCCAGGAAGAAGAAAAUGAAAGAGCUGUGCAUCAAAAGAACAUAAAUCUUUUAUUGAAAGUCACUUUAUUGAUGUUACAAUGAGAGUAACAUAGAAAACUCUGUUAUCUUAUUAGCUUCAGAAGUGAACACUAAUAAAAUUGUGCCAGAAAGUUAAACCUCAAGUUACAGUGACCUUUAAAAACAGCAAGAUUUUGUUUACCUACAAUAUGAGAACAACUUUAUAACUUGAACGGCCAUAAAACAAACCACGCUUGCUCAGGAAGGCAAUCACCAUUUACAUUUCUGUUGGUGCUUGCCGAAACCCAGGAGUUUUAAAAUAGCAUAAGAACCUGAAGUGCGAGCGGAGUGGCAGAGAGGAGGUUUGAAUGCUGUGAAUCUAAGUAUAUACACAUGAGUACCUGGUUACUCCAAGUGAACCACACUGAGGCUAUUAACACGUCCCCAAGGGGUAGCCUCUAUUACCUGUAGACGGGCGUCACCCUCAGAGGCUAUGAAUGUGGGAAGCACUGGCAGAGACCUAAUGCCACUAACAUGAACUGCUCUGGUUAGGUGUGAAAUUGUCAUUUGGAAAUGCUAGUUUGGAGGGGCAAGUCUUCCAAGUUAAAACAAAAAUGCUCUGUAUCCUGAAGGAACCUUUGCCUAAGCACUUUGCUGUUAGUGUUUAAAAAAAAAGGUUUCCAUUAAAAAAAAAAAGAUAUUGAGUUAUUUGUACUCAUUAAAAAGAAGAACUAUAGAACCACAGUUUGAAAUUGUGCUGGAUUAGAAAGGAAAAGUGGGGUUUCAAAUCAGGCAGUGAUACAAGUGUAUAAUUUAACAGGAACCCUUGUGUUACUCCUAAGCGUCUGAAUUCAGUUCUGCACUUUCUGCAUUGUGUUAUCUGAUAAAACUUAGCACCACUAUAUUUAAAGAUUUGGGCUAUUUGUAUUAUUUAAAAACUCAACCAUCAGAACAAAUCAUGUCCUGAAAUGUCCUAAGUUGAAUGCAGAAUAUGCAUACGUGCGCCUUCAUACAUUUAGGGGAGACUAACCUUUGUUCAUAAACACAGAGCGGAUGGCCUUGUGGAUAUGAAUUUCAUAAGAUUGCUUCAUCUCACUGUAUGCCUUUUGUAAAACGAAACAGAAUAAAGACAUUUUGCCUGGGUUUGA